CGAAAGGCAGAGAAUGCCACAUGGGCAAAGCAAAGAGAGAGAGAGAGACAGAAAGAAGCGCUGAAGCGUCGCCUUUUCUCUGCAGGGUACGCGUCCCUUUACUGUUUUCAGAUUAAUCACUCACUCAUUGCCCAAACCUAAUUCGGCAGCAAGAUUUCAUUCCGGAGCGAGCGAGCGAGAGAGAGAGAGAGAGAGAGAGAGAGAGAGAGAGAGUCUUUCGUCUUCUUCGUCUGAUCGGAUGAAUGAUGGCUGAGACCUAACAAUGAUUCUGCUCGAAUUUGGUAACGUUGUUGUAUCGUAGUUCAUCCUUCUGUCUCGCCUUUGGUUUCUCUGACUUUUGAUCGGCUUCGAUUUGUGGGCGGCAAUGCGUAAGGAGGCCGGAGGUACGUUUUCUUGUCCUGCGGUCUGGAUUCGGUGGUUGGAGAUGUGGAUCUGCAGAGUUUGAUUUCUAGUGUUUAUGCUCAAUGUGGAUCAUUGAAUAAGCCAGUUCGACGGUAACGAUGGAUGCAUGUUGCUAUACAAAAAUGUUUUGAUUGCUCUUUCUACCAAAAGGAAGAAAUAGGAUGAUCUCUGAAAGAUUAAUAGGAGAAGAAUCUCUUCGACGGAAUUUUGAGCCUUUGAGUUUGUCCCAGCGUCUUGUCAGAAGUGUUAGCCAAAAAUUGAAAAAGAAGAGCCACGGAAGUGAAGGGGAUGAAGAGGACGAUGCAAAAGGGGUUUCUUUGAGAUGCCUUAAUUUGUACGGUAGGGGGGGAGGUUGCAAAGUUGGUGCUGAUACAAGUGAAGAAUUUGGGGAUCCAGGUGGUAGAAGGCGAUCAAGUUGCAGUGAAGAAGGAAAAGGGUAUGCCUCAAUAUGUGGAACUGAGGAGACCACUGUGGAUUGCUUCUCUUACAAAGUGAAGGAGAAGCUUUGGAGGAGGAAUCACAGGAGGGUUUCGGAACCUGAAGAGUCACCACAUAACAGAAUGCAUGUGUUUCUUCCAGAUGACAUCCUGGAAAUGUGCUUAGUGAGACUCCCACUGACCAGUCUCAUGAAUGCCCGACUUGUAUGCAGAAAAUGGAGAAAUUUGACAACUACUCAACGGUUCAUGCAGAUGAGACGGGAAGGUUUGUAUCAAAGCCCGUGGUUGUUUGUGUUUGGUGUUGUCAAAGAUGGUUAUUGCUCCGGGGAGAUACAUACUCUGGACGUCUCUCUUAAUCAGUGGCAUCGACUAGAUGCCGAAGUUCUCAAAGGAAGAUUCUCCUUUUCUGUUGCCAGCAUUUGGGAUGAUAUUUACAUUGUUGGAGGUUGUUCUAGCUUGGCCAACUAUGGGAAGGUGGAUAGGAGCUCAUUCAAAACACAUAAAGGAGUGCUUGUAUUUAGCCCCUUGACUAAAUCAUGGCAUAAAGUUGCAUCCAUGAAGUAUGCAAGGUCGACACCUGUUUUAGGGAUUUGUGAGAUUAGUUCAGAUUGCUUGAUUAUCCGAAACAAUCAAAAUCGUCAAGACAGACGUUUCCCCAGGUCAAGGAUUGGUGGGGUAUCUGAUGUUUAUGAGGAUCCCCACAGGCUGUCAGUAAGGCGGCAGUUCAGAAAUGCCCUUGAUGAGAAUGACAUUUCUUUGUUUCCCAAUAUGAAGCCGUACAAAUUAGUCAGACAAAAAAUUGAUCACUUGAACACCAAAGAUUGUAAAAGGUUUGUGCUGAUUUCUGUAGGAGGGCUUGGUUCGUGGGAUGAGCCCUUGGAUUCAGGGGAAAUUUAUGAUUCUGUAUCAAAUAAAUGGAUGGAGAUCCAGAGGCUGCCUGUGGAUUUUGGUGUUGUUUGUUCAGGGGUUGUUUGUAAUGGGAUGUUCUACGUUUAUUCUGAAACUGACAAGCUUGCUGGAUAUGACAUUGAGAGGGGUUACUGGGUUGGAAUCCAUACCUGCCCAUCCCCUCCCCGUGUACAUGAGUACUAUCCAAAACUCAUAUCAUGUAACGGUCGACUUUUUAUGCUCUCUGUCUCCUGGUGUGAAGGGGACGGCCAAAUUGGUAGGAGAAAUAAAGCCAUUAGGAAGCUCUGGGAGCUAGAUCUCAUGUAUCUUACUUGGACAGAGGCUUCAACGCAUCCUGAUGCUCCAAUGGACUGGAAUGCUGCAUUUGUUGCUGAUAGAAAUCUUAUAUUUGGCAUUGAAAUGUUCAAAAUAUUUGGGCAAGUCUUAGACUUCUUCACUAUGUGUGAUGCGUCUGUUACAGGAAUGAACUGGAGCCACAUUUCAAGGAAUCAUGUCACACAUGAACUGGAUGCUUCCUCUUGCAUGACAAAAUCAAUGGCAGUGCUACAUCUAUGAUUUCUCCUUGGUAAAUUUUUUGAAUUCGCAGAAAAAGCCUGGAAGUCUAUUUGCACCUUAAGACUUUGAACAUGCACCAUGACCUGUGAGAUUUCUUCCUGAUGUAAUUUUUGGUUUUAUUUCUCUCAACUUGUGUGAUGGUGGCUCCAUCUGGUCUUUCUUAUUCAGAUUAUUAUUUACUUCUUGUUUCUUUAGCUUCCAUGUAAUUUGUUCUCCACCAUCGAAAGAAAUUUAUCAUUUAUUUA